CAUAGAGUAACACAAUCUGAGAACACUGAAACCUCAAACCAACAAUCGAAGAAGACACAACAUGCUUCAAUUCAACCAACGAAUCAACAAUGGCCAAAAACCUUUUCAACUUCAAUCUUCCAUAUAGAUCCUUCUCCACCACACCCGAAACCCCCACUCUCUAUUCUUUCCUUCAACCUUGCUUAUUCUCCCUCAAAAAACCCCAUUUCGACGAACCCCAAAACCUCCCAACUCCUCCACCACACUCUCUCUCCCUCACACCCCACCAACUUUCAUCUCUCCAAACAACUCUCCACAAAUCCCUCAUCACUUCUCAAACCGAUGAAGCUUGGAAAUCCUUCAAAACCCUCACAACCCACCGUUCUUUCCCACCUAAACCCCUCACAACUUCCCUCCUCACCCACUUAUCCUCCCUCGGCGACAUUCACAAUCUCAAAAGGGCUUUUGCAUCCACAAUCUAUCUCAUUGAGAAAAACCCGAACUUGCUCGAUUCCGAUACGAUUAAUUCCAUGCUUGUUUCGAUGAAAUCUGCCAAUACUGCUGCCCCGGCUUUUGCGAUUGUUAAAACAAUGUUUAAAAAUCGGUUUUUUAUCCCUUUUGAUUCGUGGGGUGGUGUGGUUAUUGACAUUGCUAGGAAUAAUGAUAACCUUGCUGCUUUUUUGCCUGUUUUUGAAGAGAAUUGUAGGGUUGCUUUGGAGGAGAAGAUGGAGUUUUUGAAACCGGAUGUUGCGGGUUGUAAUGCUGCUCUUGAAGCUUGCUGUUGUGAACUUGAAUCGGUGACUGAUGCGGAGAGAGUUGUUGGGAUAAUGUCGAACCUUGGUGUUAAACCGGAUGAGUUUAGUUUUGGAUUUCUUGCUUAUUUGUAUGCACUUAAAGGGUUGGGAAAUAAGAUAGAUGAGUUGAAAGUUUUGAUGACGGGUUUUGGUUACUCGAAAAACAAGAAAUGUUUUUAUUCUAAUUUGAUUAGUGGUUAUGUUAAGUGUGGUAAUUUAGCUUCUGUGGAGUCGAGUUUUCUCGGUAGUCUGAAUGAUAGAGACGGGGAGGAAGUUUGGAGUUUUGAUAAAGAUACUUUUUGUGUAGUGGUUAAGGAAUAUCUUCAGAUGGGAAAUAUCAAGGGUUUGGCAAAUUUGAUUAUUGAAGCUCAGAAGUUUGAGUCUUCGAAUAUCAAAGUUGAUGAGUCUAUAGGUUUUGGUAUUGUUAAUGCAUGUGUUAGUAUCGGACUAUCUGACAAAGCGCACAGUAUUCUCGAUGAAAUGAAUGCUUUGGGAGGCUCGGUUGGUCUUGGGGUCUAUGUACCGAUCUUGAAGGCUUACUGCAAAGAGAAUCGAACUGCGGAGGCUACUCUAUUGGUGAUGGAGAUUAGUAGUUCAGGUCUGAAGUUGGACGUGGAAACGUAUGAUGCUCUGAUAGAAACGUCGAUGUCCAGUCAAGACUUUCAGUCGGUGUUUUCUCUGUUUAGGGAUAUGAGAGAGGCGAGGAUUCCUGAUUUGAAAGGGAGUUACUUGACUAUAAUGACAGGUUUGAUGGAGAACAAUCGACCUGAGUUGAUGGCAGCUUUCUUAGAUGAAGUGGUUGAGGAUCCACGUGUUGAAGUUGGUACUCACGAUUGGAAUUCUAUAAUCCAUGCUUUUUGUAAAGCUGGGAGACUAGAAGAUGCAAGGAGGACUUUCAGAAGGAUGAUAUUCCUGCAAUUUGAGCCGAAUGAUCAGACUUACUUGUCCAUGAUUAACGGGUAUGUUUCGGCAGAGAAAUACUUUGAUGUAAUGAUGUUGUGGAAUGAGGUUAAGCGCAAAUUAUCAGCCGAUGGACCGAAGGGGAUCAAAUUCGACCAAAAUCUGGUUGAUGCGUUCCUGUAUGCUAUGGUCAAGGGAGGUUUCUUUGAAGCUGUGAUGCAAGUUGUUGAGAAAUCUAAAGAGAUGAAAAUAUUUGUUGAUAAGUGGAGAUACAAGCAAGCAUUCAUGGAGAAACAUAAAAAGCUCAAAGUGGCCCGGUUAAGAAAAAAGAAUUUUAGAAAAAUGGAAGCGCUUAUUGCUUUCAAGAAUUGGGCUGGCUUAAAUGCAUGAACCGAAUGUAGUGGUGAGUGACUACCAUCACUUCUGGAUAUACAACAUGCAUGUUCUUUCAAGAAGCGAGCUUUGAUUUCAUAAAUUCAGAGCACAUCAAUUUUUUAAAUAACAAACAACAGAAAUUUGGGACUUUCGGGUACUCCAUAAGUUCCUAUUCUCUGUAGAGUUUUUGAUGUACCACAGAGCUAUUUAUUCACAAUCUUUUAACAAGUGUUCACACCUAACUAUAGCAUUUUUGGGCCCAAUGUAAGUUCUUGCAAUGGUUUUGAUGCGUUAGCAAAAGGGUGUAUAUCUGUAAUUAUGGCCCUGUUGUUUAUAUUUAUUUUUGAAGAUGGGGACUUAGUUGAUUUAGGGGUCAUUCAGGGCAGGGCCACCAUUGCAAUCUUGUUCAUCUGAAAUUUUGUCGUAUAAAAGUGAAGAGGUCAUCUGUGCCUUCUAUUCUCAUACACUACUUAAAUUAGAUUUUAGUUCUAUUUCAUGUCUAAAUCUUUGAUGCAAUGUUGCAGGGGGCUCUAUAAAUUGCAGCAGAGUUUCAUAGAAUUCGAACACUUAAUAUAAGAUAUGUAUUGUGUCCAAUGCUGUUUUAAGUGAGUUGAAUAUUCUCGACUUUGUAUUUAGAAUUGUUUCUCUUCAGCCCUUAACCCAGCUGCUUGAAUUUUCAUGUCGUUACUCUUUGAUGCUAUCUUGUGUUCUGAAGAUUCUAAACCUUAUGUUUUUCAAGACGAAAUCCAUAGUAACAGAUGGAUCAACAGAGACCUGCGAAAUGUAAAAUUUAUGAUGAGCUUUGAUAUCAUCUUGUUAGCCAUGUAUUGCAGCCUAAUUUAUGAAAGAAGGAUGUAUUCCUAUCUCCUUCACAAUGCCAAAUAAUUCUAAAUUUCUCCUGCCAGAACAUCUCUUCUCUGUCCAAAGUAUUUUCCAAAUCCACCUGAGCAAUCUUCUCGUGUUUGAGCAGAUCAUCCGGGCCUCCUCUUUCUUGAAUAGAAUCUUGAAUUAAGGAGAGAUUAGAAGUUAAAAUUUUCACUGGCUAUUCAUAUCGCCAAACAUAUCCUUGUUCCAUUGUCUGCAAUUGGAUCUUCUCGUUUAAACUGUACAUGAAGCAAUCCACCACUCGAACAUUUCAACAAUUUUGAAUGAAAUUAUGACUUUCAUCAUGCAGAGACCAUAUUUUGUGAAAUUUGAAAGGAGAAUUCACUCUAGAGGCAGAGAACUUGAAUUCUAAUAAAUUUGGAUAUUGGUCGGACCUAAGCUUUGGCAUUGCAUUAACAAACAUUGAAGUACAAUCAGUC